GGUGGCCCGGCGGGUUUGUCCAGGCUGGAGCAGUCCUUGUCCCACCGCGGGGCAGACUCACUAAGCACAUUUGUUCUCGCCAGGAUCCUGGUGGACCUGCUGAAUCUGAACGUGGCGCCCCUCGCCGUCUUCCAGAUGCUCAAGUCUAUGUGCGCCGGGCAGAGGCUGGCAAGUGAUCCCCAGGACCCUGCAGCUGUGUCUCUGCCCUCAUCAAGCGUCCCCGAGACUCGAGAGGCUUCCUUUCUCUCUGCCAGGAACAGUACUCCCCCAGCAAGGUCUUCCUUUUCCUCAGCCCUGCAGCCUGCGGCCUCUCCGGUUCUGCUGCACAGCCCAGCUGCCAUGCACUCGCCUCUCUCUCCAGGGCCCCCUGCUUCCCUUCGGUUCUCUUGCUGCCUGUUCUCUCCUUUCACAGGGAGAAACAGAGGUGGAUCUGCUCUCGGUGGAGCACCCACGUUGGCAGAACGCAGCAGCCGGGAAGGAUCAAGCCAGAGGAUGCCCCGCCAGCCCAGUGCCACCAGGCUGCCCAAAGGGGGUGGGCCUGGGAAGAGCACCUCUCGAAGCAGCACGUAGUGUGGGAGCACAGACUGUCUUGCCAACCUGCUGGGCACCACCUUUUCUCUCAGCAGAGGCCGUGUGCUGUUUCCUUGUUAAAC